UAGUGAAUUUAUACUCUUCAGUAUAUCAGCGAGAUUCUUUAGUUACGCAUUCUAUACAAUAAAAUUGAAACACAAUUCUGGAUAAUAUUCAUAAUAAAUAACAAAAAAAAAAAAAAAAAUUUUAUCAUUUAUCGGUAUAAUUUUUCACUGCGAUUAAUAUAAACGCGCGCGCAAUGGUUUUUAAUCUCGUUCGCAUUAAAAGUUAAUUUUUUUCUUCACGCUUACGUAGUGCGUAUAUCAAUUUGUUUGAAAGGAUGUACAUUGAGAAUCGGCAAUAUUAUAGACAAAGGAUGUGAAACAAUAAGACGUCAGGAUUUAAAGAAUUCUUAGCUCUGACGUCUAAUAUAUAGUGAAACGAGUGUGUAUAUCUAUAAUAUGCCGUCGAUAGAAGAAUCACUAUAUUGAAUAAACCAUAAACUGAUAAGAAAUAAAACAGUGUGUAUUCAGGAAGAAAAGGAGUACUUGUAAAAGGCAUCUUGAUAAAUAGUCAUGGAUUCGUUUGAGAAAUGGAGGAGAUUUUCAUUGAAUAACUAUCUAACGCGAAGAAUACCAAUUUUAUAUUGGCUGCGUGAUUAUAAAAAAUCUUGGCUGCUUGAGGACAUGUUGGCUGGUAUUACAGUUGGUUUAACAGCAAUACCUCAAGGAAUUGCUUACGGCAUUGUUGCUGGUUUAGGUCCUGAGUAUGGCCUGUAUUCGAGUUUCAUGGCGUCAUUUGUCUACACGAUAUUUGGAUCAUGUAAAAAUAUAACAAUAGGACCAACGGCAAUUAUGGCGGUGAUGGUGAGACCUCUUGUCGUUGAGUACGGAGCGGAUAUGGCAGUUCUGAUAUGUUUUCUAAAGGGAUGCUUCAUCGCUCUCUUAGGAGUCUUUCAUUUAGGCUUUUUACUGGAUUUCAUAUCAUUUCCGGUUAUCACGGGUUUUACAGCGGCAGCCGCUAUUAGCAUAGCUUCUUCACAAUUGAAACCACUUGUGGGAAUUUCCGGGAAUUUCUCUUUUCUCAAUUUUUCCGAAUAUAGAUUGUGGGAUACGGUCCUUGGCAUUAGCACCAUUGCACUUUUAGUGCUCAUGAAGAAUAUUCCCGGUCGUAGAGCGGGUUUAUGGUACGAAAAAUUAUCGUGGACAAUUGUAAUUAGUCGUAAUGCAAUAGUCGUCACUGGUGGUGCAUUAUUGGCCUUUAUAUUUUACGCUAUUAAUAAUUCGGAACCGUUUAAACUAACAGGUACAAUGACACAGGGACUACCGCCAUUUUCAUUUCCACCGUUUUCAACGAAAAAUGGUACAAUUAAUUUUUACCAAAUGACAAAAAUAAUGGGCACAACUUUAUUUACUGUUCCCAUUAUCUCGACAAUUGAACAUAUCGCCAUCUCGAAAAUUUUUUCUAAGGGGAGAUCCUUGGAUGUCACGCAAGAAAUGUUAGCGCUUGGUAUUUGUAACAUUAUGGGAUCUUUUGUGCGCUCAAUGCCGGUAACAGGUUCCUUUACUAGAACAGCCGUAAAUCACGCAUCGGGAGUAAAAUCACCUCUUGGGGGAAUUUUCACAGGAGCUCUUGUUCUCUUGGCCGCUGGACUUUUAACGUCGACAUUUCGCUUUAUUCCAAAAGCAACUCUUGCUGGUGUAAUUAUAUGCGCGAUGUUCUACAUGUUGGAUUUCAAUACCUAUAGAAUAUUGUGGCGUGCCAAAAAAACUGAUUUUGCAAUAAUGGCAACGACUCUAUUGUCUUCGAUUAUUUUCGGAUUGGAAAUUGGAAUUCUUACUGGAGUGACAGUGAAUUUAAUGAUUUUAUUAUAUUUCACGGCAAAACCAUCAAUUUCAAUUCAAACGUCAAAUGAUAAUGGCAACAGAAUAGUUUAUGUCUUACCGGAAGAGACAGUCUCGUUUCCGGCUUCAGAAAAUUUACGAAGUAAGAUAACAAUGUUAUCCGGAGAAAAUCCCUGUACAGUUAUAUUUGAUUGCAAAAACUUAAGGAGGAUUGAUGUUACCGUUGUCAUGAAUAUGAAAUUAUUAUCUGAUGAUUUACAUCUAAGAGGACAUGAAUUUCAUUUUAUAAAUUAUUCCGAACUUGUGCGGACUGUCAUUCAAGAAGUUGCACCAAAAUUAAUGAAUAAAAUUUUGCUACCCGAAAUUUGUACAACAAAUGAAAAUAAUUAAUUUUGUUGUCUAUUUUGUGAGAAUAUUCUUUUUUUAAAUAAAAAUUUUUUACACAAUAA